UAUUGGUAACGAAUUGCAAUAUACUUACAUGUGCACUAUGUCUGCUACUGCUCCCAAGACCCUGAUUUGGCUCGACUGCGAUACCGGCCAUGAUGAUGCAUACGCACUUCUUUUGUGUGCCCAUGACCCUCAGGUCGAGCUACUUGGUGUAAGCACAGUUCACGGCAACGCUGCGCUCGACCAGACGACCUACAACACUAGAGCGAUACUCGAAGCCGUUGGUAGGCGCGAUGUUAAAGUCUACUCGGGCGCAGCGAAGCCGAUUGCCCGCGAUGCUGUACACGCAGUCGACAUCCAUGGCGAGUCCGGGUUAGACGGAGUCACACUGCUCCCACUGCCAGUUGAGCCAGCAGCCACCGAUGUCGACCAUCUCGAGGCAGCAUACCAAGCGCUCAUUGCUACCCCUCCAGACACCGCCUGGCUAGUUUCUACAGGUACUUUGACCAACAUUGGCUUGUUAUUCCAGAAAUACCCCGAUCUUGCAGGUCACAUCAAAGGCCUCAGCAUCAUGGGAGGGGCCGUCGGCGGAGGUUUCACAGAUGCGCCAAUGGGUAAAGUAGAAGGCGAGGGAGAGAGAUUUGGCAACUGGACCCCCUACGCCGAGUUCAACAUCUACUGCGACCCCGAAGCCUCGCACCUCAUCUUCUCCAACCCAACCCUCCGCCCCAAAACAACCCUAAUCCCCCUCGACCUCACCCACCAAGUCCUCGGCACCCGCAAAGUCCGACAAACCCUCCUCUACGGCUCAGGAAUCUGGGACAAUUCCUCAACCACAUCGAAAUAUGAGCCAACGCCAGCCCCCCUACGCGCCCUCUUCACCCAAAUAAUGUCCUUCUUCGCCUCCACCUACGCCGAGAUCUUUUCCAUCACCCAAGGACCCCCCUUACACGACCCCCUCGCCGUCUCCGCAGCAUACAACCCACACAUCUUCGAUGACCGAGACGGCGAGCGCUUCCUCGUUGAUAUCGUCACGGACGGUGUUCACUCGUCUGAUAAAUCGCUAGUUGGUGAGCUCGGUAGGACUAAAGUGGCGAAGCUUCCUCCUGGACAGCCUGGUUGCAGGAUCCCGCGAGCAGUUGACUUGGAUGCUUUCUGGGGGAGCAUAGAGAGUGCUCUUGGAAGAGCUGAUACUGUUAGUGCAUUGCCUCGUGUCGAGGCUGAGGAGUUGGAGCGUGUGGGCGUUUUUGAGGGUGUGGGUAGGCUUGGUGAGAUCUAGAUCUGAUGUAUAGACUAAGUCGAGCUUGUUCAGAUUUGGGAGUUGUCCGAGAAGGGAAGGGGGCAUUGUUUGGCGGAUAGAUAAGAUUGUAGUGAAGACGGCUAAGCAUCUUGGUUCCAGACUCUUUUCUUUUUUUUAACCUCUUGUUCCUCUUUCCGGGACAUGGAUGGUUAGUCUUGGUUUUGGUCUUGGUUUUGGUCUUGGUCUUGGUCUUGGUUACUUUCUAGCCUGACUGGAAGCAAGUGUACGCAUGUACGUGUACAUGUGCGUGUCCGAAUUUUUCUUCUCUUCCAAUCUUUUACAUCGCCGAUGUAAGGUAAUCUUUGUAGUACGAUGUAAGAUUCACUAACUCGACGCCAUCGGAGUAUAUUCAGGUCUUCGGGAAGGACCGUUUUUGUUUUCCUUCUGGAAAAGAUUGGCAUGUUUCUUG